AUGGCUGUCGCCACUGCCAAGAUGGCUAGAAGAACCUGUCUGUUCAAGUUCCCGCAGGUCACCAAUAUAUUCUCAGUAUCUCUUUUAUGGUUAAUCUACUGGAAUAUUCUUGGCUCACUGUGUUGUGGGAUUAUUAGAUCAAGAUUACUGACGCCUAUGAACCAGUUAUUGUUAACACUAAGAUUUUAUGCCACGGGCAAUUUUCUGCGUGCCUGUGGUGAUUUUAAUGGCGUAAGCAUUAGUACUGCUUCCCGAGUCGUUGCAAAAGUAUCCAUGGUCAUUGCUUCUUUAUCAAGAACAAUGAUUAAAAUGCCUCAAAGUAAUGAGGAAAUUCGUACGACGCAACGAGCGUUUUAUGACAUGCACAAAUUUCCAAGAGUAAUAGGAUGCAUCGAUGGAACGCAUAUUAGAAUACAAUCUCCUGGAGGUGAACACGCAGAAGAGUUUCGAAAUCGAAAAGGAUACUUUUCUCUUAAUACCCAAGUUGUAUGUGAUCAUAACAUGAAAAUUACAGACAUUGUGUAUAGAUGGACGGGUUCGGUCCAUGAUGCAACAAUUUUUCAACAUUGCCGACUGCAUCAAAGAUUAGAGGAAGGUGAUUUUCAGUUGGGAAUAUUACUUGGCGAUAGUGGAUAUCCAAUCAAGAAAUAUCUUCUCACUCCUCUUUUGCAUCCAACUACUGCAGCGGAAAAUAAGUACAAUAAUGCUCACAUACGAACGAGAAAUAUCGUUGAACGAGUAUUUGGAGUUUGGAAACGUCGAUUUCCUGUAUUAAGUUUAGGUAUGAGACUCAAAAUACAGACUGUGCAAGACAUCAUCGUAGCUACAGCAGUUCUACAUAAUAUUGCCAGAGAUCAAAAUGAAGAAGAACCUCCUGAAUGUAUAAAUAUUCCUGAUGACAUUGAAGUUGGUAAUGAGAAUCAAAUAGAUGUUCAAAUAGGAGACAAUAAUGUCAGACAAGCACUCAUUCAUGAGUAUUUCUCGAGAAACUUGUAA